AUGAUGCGUCUGCGCGCGGGCAACCCCGACAUGGACCACCGCGAAGCCUUCAAGGAGGCCGCCAGGCGGUGGGGCAGUGCAGCAGAGAACGUGCGCGGCUCACAUGCGCUCGCAGCAGCAGCCAGGGCCAGGGCGCUGCUGCUCUACCCCAUGCACGCGGCCCCCAUGCACGCGCCCCCCACACCCUUCACACUGCCUGGUGCACGGGUGGGAGCAGCAGUGGUGGAUGGGGGGAUGGCGGGGCAGCAGCGCGUCGGGGAGGAGGGGCAGGGAGGCUGCGAGGGGGGCGAGGCGCAUGCUGGCAGUGCGGGCUUGCUGGCAGGGGUGCGUGCUGCUGGCAGGGAAGGGCGGUGGGUGGUGCGGGGUGAGCAAGGGGCAGGGCGGGCAGGGGUAGGCGAGGUAGCAGCAGCAGCAGAGAGGGUGGUGGCGGGGUGGUGGGGCGCUGGGUGUGGCGUGGACAGGUGGGCAGGCAGUGAUGGGUGGGAGGAGGGCGGCCAUGUUGAUGCACUGGGGUGUGUGCCCCUGGAGGCGGGGAGGGGGAGGCAUGGAGGCGGUUUGAGCAAUACGGUGGGUGAGAGACAUAUGCAGGCAGGCGGGUGGCACAUGGAGCAGAGGGAGGAGAAGGCAGGGGGUGGGGCGCACGGGUUGGCAGGCGAUGCAGCAGCAGCACGUUCCCUGGAGCAGCACGUGUGGGAGGUGGAGCGCAGUGAGCAGCAGCCGGCGCCACAGGGGCUGCACAGCGAUGCAUACCGCCGGCUGGCUGCAGGCAUCAGCAGCAAGCUCAUGUCAUCCGCACUUCCAACAAACACGUGA